UUUUUUUUUUUGGAGAGAAAACAGCAAAUGGAUAAUAUCGUUACAACGGGACAAUCAACAACUAAUAGCACAAACGCCAUUAAUCUUUCACUGUUCAUAUUAAAUUUAAUAGUCAUUUUUUGUAUCAGUUUUUAUCGUUUAUGUCUUGAAGGACCUCUAUUGAUUAUCAAGAGAUUUUUAAAGCAUCCUUUAUACGUCUUUAUUAUUUUAGUUUUUUCAUUCCCAAUCUAUCUCUUUUUUCAAUUACUUGUUUGUUUUUUGAAGCUCAUCUUGAAGCUUUUCUUCAGUAGACAUCCUUAUUUAUUUUCGGCAAUAAAAUUCUUAUUUUUUAAUCAUACUAAUGUCGCAACUGAUUCAACAGAAGAGAAUGAUAAUAUAAACCAAUAUCAAGAAAAAUGUUCUAUUUGCUUUGAUGCAAAUUUGGAUUUAUGUCUUAAAUAUUGUAGAGAUCAAUUUUGUUUGGACUGUUUCCAAAGAUACAUAUCCGAAGUAGUUAAAUCAAGUUGGGGACUCAAUGUUACAAAAAUAAGAUGUCCAGUUUGUAGUAUUCUUAUACCUCAAUCUGAAUGGACACAGUUCGUUUCGGAUUCAAUUGUAAAGACUUAUUUUAAAUUCAAUAGUCCUUAUCGUAGCUUUUCAAGAUAUUGUCCAGACUGUGAAACAGAAAUCAUUGCAUGUGAUUUCCCAAGGAAUUAUGAAAAGAGUCAAUCUAAAACAAUUGCAUCUUUACUUCGAAUCUUUUUUGAAACUUAUGCUCCAAAGGAAUCAUAUAUGCCAGCUAUUGAAAAACAGGAGCAUUAUAUCCAACUAUUUGAGAAAAUGAUGUGGAGAAAUUCAACUUUAAUUGAUAUCCAUUAUGAACUAAUACAACUAUUGCUACUAUUGAUAUCUCAAUCUAGUUUACAUGAUGAAGAUCUCGAUAAAAUUAAACUAAUCUCUCAACAUAUUUUACAAUUAGAAGUAAGGCCUGAUACUUGGAGAAAAUUACAAUUUGAUUAUAUCGCAUUUUUCCCGUUUAUGAAUUGUCCGACAUGUAAUAUAUCAAUCUGUUUACAGUGCGGAAAUCACGCUCAUCCAAAUAUGUCGUGUAUCGAUGAUAUGAAACAAAUGAUUAUGCAACAUUCAAAUAGAGAAUUUGUUGAAACACUCAAAUGGAAAAUUGAAAAUAGUCGCUCUUGUCCAAGCUGUUCUAUCAUGAUUCAUCGUGAUGAUGGCUGUAAUAAGGUCGACUGCACAUUAUGUGGUUUUAGCUUUUGUUGGGAAUGUCAUUUUUCGUGGGCAGAGGUAUAUUAGAUAACAGUAAAAUAAUACGACUUUAUGUAUGUUUACAUGUCUACUUUUUUUUUUCAACAGAGUGGCUGUAGAUACUUUUGU